UGGAGAGAGAGGAGAGAGAGCGGAGAGAGAGGGGAGAGAGAGGGGAGAGAGAGGCUUCUGCUGCUGCUGCUGCUGCAGAGACAGUAUCGUCCCUCUCCGCGUCUCCGACUCGCUGAGGAAGGGGGACAGGGAACCCUCGCUCCCAACUCCUCGUCAUCCUGAGACAGGAGAGCCACCAUGAAUCCCGGCCACCACCAUCGCACGCCACGUCUGCUGCCACUGCUCCUCCUGCUGCUUUUGGUGCUCCUCCUGUCUCUGCUGUGCGGGGCUCAGCGGACCCCUCGCCCGCGGACCGGUCCCGCCAAGAAAGCCCAACAGCAGCAGCAGAAACAACAGCAGCAGAAGCAGCAGCAGCAGAAGCAGCAGCAAGAACAGCAGCAGAAGCAGCAGCAGCAAGCAGAGGAGGAGGAGGACGUGGGAGCGGGCCCUCUGCUCUACUUUGGGCCGCAGUUCUACUCGGACUGCCCCCGCGAGUGUUUCUGCUCGCCAGACUUCUCGACGGCACUGAACUGCGAGAGCCGGAGGCUGAGCGCCGUGCCCGGCCUCCCGAACCGCACGCAGCACCUCUACCUGCAGCACAACCGCAUCUCGGCGGUACCCCUCGAGCCUUUCCAGAACGCCAGCGAACUGCGGUGGCUCAACCUGAACCGCAACAAGAUCGCCAGCAACAAGGUGGCCAAGAACGUCUUCUCCAAGAUGAAGAACCUGCUGCACCUCUACAUGGAACACAACGACCUGAAGGAGCUGCCCUUCCCGCUCCCCAGCAGCCUGCAGCAGCUAAAGCUUGCGCACAACCGCAUCGCGCGGCUGCCGGGUGCCGCCUUCAACAAGCUCCCGAACCUCCUCCUUCUCGACCUGAGCUCCAACCAGAUCCAGGACGGCGCCCUCUCGGGCGAGAUCUUCCGCGGCCUGAAGGGUCUCAUCCAGCUGAACCUCUACAAGAACAAGAUCACCAAGAUGCCACCGCAGCUGCCCCGGGGACUCUACCAGCUCUUCCUGGAAAGGAACUCCAUCGCCGAGAUCCCCGAGAGCUACUUCGACACACUCGAUCACAUCUUCUCCAUCCGCCUCACCUUUAACAAGCUCACCGACUCGGGCCUGCCUAGGAGCAUCUUCAACAUCUCCACGCUGCUCGAGCUCUCGCUGGGACACAACGGGCUGACGCGCGUGCCCCUCUUCACCCCGCGCCUCGAGCACCUCCACCUCGACCACAACCACAUCAAAGCGUGGAACGUGUCCGAGGUGUGUGACGUUCGCAACCCGAUCCCGGCGGCGGGGCCCGCGCGCCUCCGCUACCUGCGCCUCGACGACAACGAGCUGAGGGCCCUGAGCACCACCGAGAUCAUCAUCUGCUUCCCGCUCCUCCACGCCUUCAUGAUCUGACGAGGUGACGCGAGCUCACCGCCACCAUUAAUAUCGUCAUCACAAAUCAAGGUCGUCGUCAUCCUCAUCAUCGUGAACAUAAUGAUGAUCACCCAUAUCAUCAUCACGAAUCAAGAUCAUCAUCAUGAUCGUCGCAAUGGUUAUAGCGAGAUGACCACCGAUAUAAUCUGAGUGAUUUAAAGAGGACAGCUUGUCACGAGGUUAUUGAUCAUCAUCAUCACCAGGCCACCAUCACUCUGAGAGUUCGUCACCACCAUCACCACGAGGUCGUCGUCUUCUCCUUCUUCAUCACCACCACCACCAACAUCACGGGGAGGUAUCGCAAAACUAACGCCUCUCGUUUCUCCUCAAUUGGCUCCCCCCCAUCGCCUCCGUAUGAGUUGUUCGGCUUACAGAGGGGUAAGAGGUGCAGCCCAGCAGCUGCUUUGGCCUCCCCCCUUCCAUGCUGUGGUUCUCCACGUCUCGGCGUGAGACCCCCCCCCCCCCCCACAAAAGAAAAAUCCCACACCUCCGAUUAGCACGGUCGGCUAUGUACGGUGGCAAAGAAGUUCAACGUACAUCAACAUACGUGCGUCUGUGGCCAACACCGUCUGCGCGUGUGGCAUUGAGAGAACAAAAUGUAGAAAUAUAAUGGGCAACGUUUCGGGCAAUGGGCCCCCCCGCCCCUUCUUCACAGCGCGUGGAUAGAGUGGAUGAGUUGGAGACUUGUUUACACCACGCGGAGGUGGUGGGGGGCAGGGCUGAUAACAAUCAUAUUCGAGACGUCUUUACUGACGAUGAGCGGUUUGUAAAUUGGACAUAGGAAGAGUUACGCGAAUAGAGUAAUAGUUAGAGUAAUCGUUAUAAUGAUAGCAAUAAUAGGAAUAGUUAGAGGCAUAAAAUAGAGUCAUAGUUACGCAAAUAGAGUGGCUAUUGAGUAGCAAACACCUUGAAUAAUCAGAAACCUAUUAAAACCAAAUACACUCAUUCAUGCUAAAAGUGUAUGUGCUAUGAAGGGCUGCUGCUCGAAACGUCGUCUAUUCUAUUUCCCCCCAUUUAAGACGACGCACGCACGGGGUCUAAUGACGAAAGCGAUGGUUGUUAAUCUCACGAUGAUUGAGAUACUGGCGACCCAGAUGUGGUGAUAUCAUGACAAUGUUCAUAAUGGUGAUAGUGUAAUACGAUGGAGAUUAUGUAAAUCAUGACGGAUGAUCAUGGCGAUCAUGAUUAUAAACAUGGCGAUCAUCAUGAUUGUAAUCAUGGCGAUCAUGAUUGUAAACGUGGCGAUCAUGAUUGUAAUCAUGGCGAUCAUCAUGAUUGUAAUCAUGGCGAUCAUCAUAUCAUGAUUGUAAUCAUGGCUAUCAUCAUGAUUGUAAUCAUGGCGAUCAUGAUUGUAAUCAUUGCGAUCAUGAUUGUAACCGUGGCGAUCAUCAUGAUUGUAACCGUGGCCGAUGCGCUAUAAUGGGCCACUGCCCGAAACGUUGCCCAUUAUAUAUUUCCCCUCCUGAAGACCCCCACACGCACACGGCGGUGGUGGUGUUGACACGGAACGCGCCGAGUCGUUGUUGGCUGUCCUUGUGCACCACUGCCAAUAAUCACAAGGUCAACAUCAUCACAGUCGUCAACAUCAUCAUUACCGUAAUCACCACCACCACCACCAUCAUCAUCUCGCUGUCUCGCCUGUCCCUGUGUCGACUGUCCUGACCUCAGGUCGCCUCUUAAAAACUCUUCAACGGUUCGAAUCCAAAUUUGAAUGUCACCAGAAUCAUUCUCAUCCUCCUGCUCGUCCCAUCGCCAUUGCAACCACUCCACCCUUCGUCCCGACCAUAACCCAAACCACUACUCGUUACGCACGCCCACGGUCCCGUGUGUUACCACCUCUCCGUUGAAUUGAUUUGAACUUUGUUUAAAUGUGUGUAACGGCUUUCCUACGCACACGUGGCGACGACGUUUACACGCCACGCGGGUGAGGAUGGCUCUCCUCGAUCUCUCUUUGUCCAUCUCUGUAUCUCUAUCAAUUUAUAUCUCUGCAUAUCUCUCUCUCGCAUAACCUCCCCCCCCCAGGCCCGCCGCAUGAGCGUGCGAGGCGUCGUCUUCGUCGGUGCGCUCGUUUAUCUCGGUGCUUGAUUAUUUGUUUACUAAGUUUUAGCGCAGGGGUGGGGGAAGCCAAACCGUGACGUCACCUCACACGACCCGUGACGUCACCUCACACGACCCGUGACGUCACCUCACACGACCCGUGACGUCACCUCACACGACCCGUGACGUCACCUCACACGACCCGUGACGUCACCUCACACGACCCGUGACGUCACCUCACACGACCCGUGACGUCACCUCACACGACCCGUGACUUCCACAUGUUCCACAGCCGCUGAAGGGCCCACCACUUUGAUAUUUAUCUAUCGCCGCAAGUCGCAACUUUUCCGCGCUCACCGGGAUCGAGAGGGGGAAUAAUUUCCACCUCAAAUUCUGGUGUCGUGCCCGGCCACGUCGCCCAUCACUGCAAGGGGCCUCCUCCUCCUCGCAACUCCUCGGGGGUGGACGCGCACGCUUCACCCUGUGACCGUCUGGCCAACGGGCAAGAGGCACGGAGGCCGGGCGACACUUGAGCCAUGGCCAGACGUCCACGCUUGCGCAGCCACCACGAAGCGGUUUGCAGGAAAGGGCCCCUCAAGCCCCACCCCUGGUUUAGGUAAAGAGCUGUCGCCGCGUCGGUUUGGGCACGCCCAGGCCACCCUCUCGUAUGGUGCUUUACAAAAUAAAACGUAUCGGAAAUCAA